AUAAGGCCUGCAGUAACAUGGUCCGCAAAAACAAAUUGAAAAAUGCAAAAGGGAAUUUUCAGAAGCGUAAGAAAACUAGACAGGUGCAGGGUCUGGGAACGAAGGUGGAUUCAGAAGCUUCAUAUUCCGCGUGCCUAGUCCCUAGAAAUUCCAGAAGAGUGAAGCGGAACUCAAACCCAGAUGCUUCUAUCGAAGAGGAAGUGGAUGAUAUCUCAAACGGUGCUAUUAUGUGCAAUCUUAGAGAUGGUAGAGACAUACCAUUUUGGUAUGGCUGUUGGGCGGAUUCCAAGCCGUUGAUGAUUCUCUUCCCGAAUUUUUAUGUGGUUGCAAAGGAAGAUGGUAUUUAUGUGGCAGACUCGGGCCUGUUAACACCAGCCGGCUGGCAAUGGCAGGAAGAUUGCAUUCUUCGGCCAACCAGAAGUGGCAGCGCUGCAGUCCUGUCCUGGAAGCAACUGAUGGCCUUUAUUGAUCAUUCUAAACCCUAAACCCUAAACCUUAAACCCUAAAUCUUAAACCCUAAAUCAUGAACCCUCAAUUUUUAUGUGAUUGCAAAGGAAGAUGGUAUUUCUGUGGCAGACUCUGGCCUGUUAACACCAGCCGGCUGGCAGUGGCAGGAAGACUGCAUUCUUCGGCCAACCAGAAGUGGCAGCGCUGCAGUCCUGUCCUGGAAGCAGCUGAUGGCCUUUAUUGAUCAUUCGAAACCAGUUGCAAAUGCUACAGAUGAUUUCAAAUGGAGACUGGCCAAGGAGGAAUCUUUUACGGUACGAUCUUGUUACUCUCGGUUCUUUGAAAAACUGCCUGACAAUGGUAUACAGGGUAUUAUUAUCAAACUUCUUCGUGCAUUUGGAAUAUUAUUGCCCCUUCAAAAAUCCUUUUCUUUGGAUGGAGGAUAAUUCAUGAUAGACUAGUACAAAGGAUCACUUGGGCAAGAUGGGAGUUUUAAACUUAAACAAUUUAAGUUGCGCUUUUUGUUUGACGGAAGAGGAAAAUUUAAGUCAUUUAUUGGGUGGGUGUCGGGUGCUGAAACGUAUAUGGAUGAAGGUGUUUGAGUGGACUUGUGUGCUUGAUAUUCUUUCUUUGGAGGAAUUCACCAAUUUACCGUUUUUUAUCGAGAAGGUGAAGAACUUCGCUAAAAGAAAGAUUUUGGAGGCUAUUUAGCUUGCAACGUGUUGGAGUUUAUGGACGAGACAUAACAAUAUAAUCUUUAACAAAGCGAAGUUCAGCUUUCACGAGUGUUGGUCGGAUAUAGUGGAUAGAUCUUGGAUUUGGCUUUUUUCUAGUCUUAAACUAAAAAAUAAUUGUAAUAGUAAUUUUCAAGUUUGGCACACUUUACCGCUUUCUUGUUUUGAUUAGCGGGUUUUAGUUGUUGGUCUGUAUUCGGGCGAAGCACCUCUUAUGCUCCUUUUUAAUUCCAUUGCCUAUUAAAAAAAUUUUAAAAAAAAUGAUUUAAUCAAUUUUUUCCUUCUAAUUCAAACCAUAUUUCCUAAAAAGUGCUGAUUUUCUUUUGGAGAGUUAGGUCCCAGACUUAUUUGGAUGAAUAAAAUCACAUAUAGACCGUAUAAAAGGAUAAAAUCCUUUUCUAUUUUUAAUAAAAGAAAUCAUACUUUUUUAAAACUAAUAGUUUAUUUUUGUUAUCCAAAUAAUGCAUAGACGUAUGCGUAUACUAAUUUACAGCUGUUUAUCUAUUUACUGUUAUAAAAACAAAUAAUCUAUUUAUUUGUAAAUAAAAUUAUAUGUAUAUAUGUUUUUAAAUGAAAACAAAAAAUCAAAUUGCCAAAUAUC